GCCAAGUAAUACCCAUGAAGUUGCGGUACAUGUCGCAGAAAAUAUCAACCUCGACGCCCUCCUAGAUGGAGCUGAGGAUUGGGACUGGGAUGACAUGAACUCUGACUUUAUGACUCCACGAAAGAGUAGCCCAGUCAAACCGAAGCGAUCUAGGUACGCUGUUUCUGAAGAAACCGCGAAGGGCCCGAAGGUCACUCGCUGUACAGUGAAAGCAGUAGAGCAUCGCAUGGUCAAGGGCCGCUCCAAGAAGAUUUUAGACGUGACUGCGGUACCGACCAAGGAACAUCAUCAGAUCAUCCUUCGCGACGACUGGACGCACGCUGAUGUCUGUCCUGGUGACAUUGUCAACGCAAUUGGCGAUUGGUCAAGGGAGCCUUCAACCGGAGUGCUGACCAUAUCCGUCUGUUCCAAGGCGAACUACUUUAUCCACCAUCCCGACAUCCUGAUCACUUCGACUUCGCUCUCCAAUGCCUCCCACUGUUCGAGGAGGCCUCUCCUGGCCAACAUGGUCCGCUCGAGCUCUGACGUCACCCCGUCACUCGUCUGGGGUAACAUUCUACACGAGGUCAUGCAGACAUGUCUGAGCGUCGCGAAGUGGGACGACAAGUUCAUGGACAAGCAGAUCUCUGAGGCUGCGCAGCGCAGCCUCGGGGAGCUGCUGAGGAUCGGCAUGAGCAUGCCACAGGCCAUCAUUGAAGUCAAGGCUCGAGCCAAGGGGCUGAGAGCCUUCGCAGACAAGUAUAUUGCUCCUUCGCCGAAGCCUGAAGCUCUAAUGACCAACACGAGGGCGAGUCGCGACGAGCGAUCCCUCCUGGCCAUUCCGCAGCUAUACGACAUCGAAGAGGACAUCUGGUCCCCUGCCUACGGGCUCAAGGGCAAGAUCGAUGCGUCCGUCGAAGCUGUUGUGCAAGACAUCGACGACUCGAGUACGCCAUUCGCUCGCGCGGCACCGCAGGUUCGAGAGAGCAGGUCUCCCAUGCCUUUUGAGAUCAAGACGGGCCGUGCGGUCGCUGGUAUGGAGCAUAGGGCGCAGACGAUGCUCUACACGCUCCUCAUGGGCGAGCGUUAUGGCACGGAGAUCCCCAGCGGAUUGCUGUACUACACGCAGAGCGAGGAGGUUGUCCGGGUCCCUGCGGCAAGGAACGAGCUCAGAGCGCUUCUGGUCUCUCGCAAUGAGCUAGCGGGGCAUAUGAUGAGUCGGCUCAGAGCGAAGGGCGAGAUUGCCGUCUCUGAAGAUCAGGUCAGCGGGGAGGCAACCAUAGAUGAUUUAGAGUCAUUCCUGCCAUCCACUAUCGACGACAACCGGACAUGUGGUAAAUGCUUCGCAUUGGACACGUGUAUGUUAUACCGCAAGGCUGUCGAAGGCGUCGUGGACACCACGUCAGACAUCGCGGACAUCUACGCUCUCAAGACCGGCCAUCUGACCUCGGCACAAGCCGCAUUUUUCAAGAAAUGGGAGGCGCUGAUCUCCCUCGAGGAGAAGGACCUCGUUCGCUUCCGUAAAGAGCUCUGGACGAUGUCCGCCCCAGAACGCGAAGAGAAGGGAAGAUGUUUCAGCGACAUGGUCCUCGAUUUGUUCUACACCCCCCCUGACUCCUUGAAACCCACCACCAAGAAAGAGGGUAAGAUCCAUCGACUUACCUACCGCUUCGUGAAAGCGAAGUCUGGUGGUAUUUCCCUCCUGAGCGGCCACAUGGGUAUCGGCGACGCCGUCGUCGUCUCGGUUGAGCCUGGCCUACUCGCGCUGGCGCGGGGCUUUGUCAUCGAGCUGGCACCGGAAUCGGUCGUGUUAGGGGUCGAUCACGAGCUUGACGAGGAGAUGAUCAUGGAUCGCUUGCGUGGCCGACGGGAGGGCUUCGUGGACAAGGUCGUCUUCCGGAUCGACAAGGACGAGAUGUUCGGCGGCAUGGCACGCAUCCGGGACAACCUUGCGCAGUUGUUCUACGCUGGGGCCGACUCGCGGAUGCUCGAACUGAUCGUGGACCUCACGGAGCCACGCUUUGUUGAAGAUGAGGGCGACCACCUGGUUGCUAAGACAGCCCCUGCCUUGGCGCAUCUGAACAAAGACCAGCUUUUGGCGGUACGGACGGUGUUGCGUGCUCAGGAUUACGCCCUCAUUCUGGGUAUGCCUGGGACUGGGAAGACGACUGUCAUUGCUGCCAUCAUCGAGCAGCUGGUCAAUGCCGGCAAGACUGUGUUGCUCACGUCAUACACGCAUUCUGCUGUCGACAAUAUCUUGAUGAAACUGGACGACGCGGGCUUCGACGUCCUGAGAUUAGGCAACCUCGACAAGAUACACCCGGAAGUCCAGUCUCGCACAUUGGCGGCGCGUCCCCUCGCGAAGACCAUCGAGCAACUGGAACACCAGGUCAUGUCACCGCCUGUUGUAGCGACCACGUGCUUGACCAUCGACCAUGACUUUAUCGCGUUGCAGGUCAAGAACAAGGCUGCGAGAAAGGGUGGUCUCGAAGUCUCCCUAUUCCGACGUCUAUCGGACGCGCAUCCCGAAGCUGUCGUCGACCUCACGCAUCAGUACCGGAUGAACUCGGACAUCAUGCUAUUGUCGAAUAAGCUCAUAUACAGCAACCGGUUGAAGUGUGGUUCAGACUCAGUGGCCUCGCGGGGCCUUCAUUUGCCGCAGGAGAAGAAGUUCAUGGCGCUUGUGCAUAGCAGGUCGACUUGUCGCGAUUCUGGAUGUUGGCUAAGCCAGCUGAUGAGCGAGAGCUGCAAGGCCGUAUUCGUCGACACAGACAAUGUCCCUGCGCACGAUUCCCGCGUGGGGGACCUCGUCGAGAAUCAGAUCGAAGCUUCUUUGGUUCACCAGGUGACGGAAUGUCUGCUUGGGUGUGGCGCUGAGCAACACCAGAUCGGCGUCAUCUCGCUAUAUCGACAGCAGCUCAAGCUCCUAUCGUACCUGCUGCAAGAAAGGAAGGGGCUGGAGAUCCUGACCGCUGACCGAAGUCAGGGACGCGACAAAGACUGUAUCAUCAUCUCCAUGGUCCGCUCAAACAGCGAAGGCUUGAUUGGAGAGCUUAUGAAAGACUGGCGCCGGAUGAACGUCUCUUUCACCCGUGCACGCUCAAAGCUCAUCAUCAUCGGCUCGCGGAAGACCCUCCAACAGGCGCCAUUACUCAAGGACUUCUUCGAGUUGAUGGAUCGCCAGGGUUGGAUCCAGACUCUCUCUCCUGACGCUCACCUCAUGCACAACUUCGGCAAUGUGGUACCGCGGAAGCGUAGUGCUACAGACAUGACUUCCGAUGCCUCUGAGAACAGUGUACUACGCGCAGUGAGUGGUGAUGGAGAGAAAGCGAAGAGGGCGAAGGUUAUCAGGUCAUCUGGGGAAGCUAUCUUGACGGGCAGGCCCCUGUUGCAGGACAUUGUGAACGAUCAGAAAUAA